AUGUCUCGGUACACACCGACUGAAUAUGCAAACAUGCAUUUCAUUUACGGCUUAUGCAACGGCAACGCCAAUAGAGCUGCUGCACUCUACCGGGAAAGAUAUCCUAAUGUUCGGCAUCCUGAUUACCGUGUCUUUAUUCGAGUGCACAAUUCACUUUUUGAAGGAAGAUUUCCCGGGACUGGCUUAAGCAGAGCUAGCGAAGGACGGCUUCAACGACAUAGUGAAGUCGAAGUGCUAGAAUUGGUUGAAGAAGACCCUUCUACAUCCUUAAGUCAAAUAGCAAGACGUACCGGUAUACCGAAGAAAUCUGUACAUAGGAUUUUAAAAAGACACCAACUUUAUCCGUACCAUUACCAAAAGGUUCAAACUUUGAUGCCAAGAGAUGGUGCAUUCAGAGUAACAUUUUGUCAAAUAAUGUUACGAAAAAUAAGAGAAGAUCCAAAAUGUUUCGACAAAAUUUUAUGGACAGAUGAGUCGACGUGCCGGCGAGAUGGAUUUUUAAACUUACAUAAUUUACACAGUUGGCAACUUGAAAAUCCGAAGCUGAUACGUGCAGACAGAGCACAGCAACAAUUUAAAAUAAAUUUGUGGACGGGAAUUGUUGGUGGGAAAAUAAUAGGUCCAUAUGAGUUGCCAGCGACAUUAAAUGCUGAAGGGUAUUUAAUUUUUUUACAAAAUAAUUUACUUGAGCUGCUGCAAAACUUAUCACUUGAGACAAGAGAAGGAAUGUGGCUGCAAAAUGACGGGUGUCCCGCGCAUUUUGCUGUUCGGGUGCGGGAAUAUUUAAAUGAAGCAUACCCAGAUAGGUGGAUUGGGCGCUUGGGUCCAAUUUUAUGGCCGCCACGAUCGCCUGACUUGAACCCCCUGAACUUUUUUUAUUGGGGAUGCAUUAAGGAAAAAGUGUACAAUAAAGCAGUGUCCACAGUCGAAGAAUUGCGCACACGUGUGCAAUUAGCCGCUGGUGAAAUUGAAGCAUCAGGCUAUGCACGCCGUAUCAAAAGGUCAUUUAUAAGGCGAUGCCGAGGCUGCAUUGCUGCUAAUGGGGGGCAUUUUGAACAUUUACUUUAA